AUGGGGUGGCCCUCGUUCGGUGCGCCGAGGCUGCCGGUUCGACGCGCGCGCGGCCCACGAGGCUUCGAGGACGCGAAUCCGAAAAAGGCUGAUGGGCGGCGAAGCUGCGAGAGGGCCCGAGUCGCGCGCAGUGGUCCAGGAGGUCGUCCCCGCCACACCCGCCACACCCGCCGCGCCGGCCGUUUCGGUGAGAGUCGAACGCCGAUGACGAAAACCGUUACUUGUAUUUCGCUCGCGGUGCUGGCGCUGCUCGCCUCGGCCGUCGCCCCGACGCUCGCCAUCGGCGGCAACCCCAGGGCGCACAGGUCCUCGUCCGUGCUCCUCGGCAACGGCAUGCACGUGGACAUGUCGAGAACCCCGUCGCCGCUCACCACCUCGCUCGUGUUCAGCGGCGCCGACUCGCUUCGAGGCUCGCGACACGUCCUCCGCCAGGAGCUCCAGGGCUUCCCCGAUUCGGACGCCCCGCGCGGACGCCCCGAGUCGGACGAGGGCGGACCGGCGCGGCGUUCGGCCCUGGAGGUGGCCGCGGAGGGUCUCUUCGACGUGUUCGGGUUCGAGGUUGGCGCGUCGGCGUCGUUCGACCCCCUGUGCGAGUUCGUCAACCCGCUGCUUCCCGUGGAGGACCAGCUCGAGUGCGGCCAAGGAGUCGACGAAGACGAGGAGCCGGCGCCAUACGAGGACGAGUACGGCGAGUACGAGGCGUAG